UAACCCUACCGAGAGGCUAAAUCGAUCUCAAUAGAAAUAUCUGACGAUUCACCAUGGCGAACAACGGAGGCAAGGACACGGCUACGGUGGAGCAUGUCUCUGUUGAAAACCCUAAGAACAUCGUUGACCUCAACACUGCGGAGCAUGAUGAUGGCAUUCUCGACGGAGAAGUCAAGGGAGUAUCAGAUUCGACUAAUGUUUCCAGUGAGAAGAAGGACGAAGCCAACUCCAAGGCUAUUGGAUCUACCGAUUCUGUGGAUGCAGAUGAUAUUCAGAAGAAGAUUCGACGUGCUGAGAGGUUUGGUGUUUCUGUGAAGCUAACGGAAGAGGAGAAACGCAAUUCUCGUGCUGAGAGGUUUGGUACUGUAGCAGCGGUGAAGGACUCACAGGGAACGAAGAAAGCAGAGGAAUUGAAGCGGAAGGCUAGAGCUGACAGAUUUGGUGUUCCUGCAUUAUCAUCCACUACUAAAGUGGAUAGCACUGAGGAGGAAGAGGCAAAGAAGAAAGCUAGGCUCGCCCGUUUCGGGAACGGUAGUAAAGUUGAUUCUGCUGAAGAUGAUAAACGCAAAGCUAGGGCACUUAGGUUUUCAAAACCUGCUUCUGAUCCAUCUUCAGGUUUACCUGGGAAGCUAAAUAUUGGCAAGGAGGCAGCGGUGUCAGGAAACGCUGCAUAACGUUCCUGAAUCUUCUAUCUUUGUAGUUAGGUAGUACUAGCGUUUUAUCAUUCCCUCUCUGGCUUCUUGAUUUCUCCCUUUAUUUUCUGCAAUUAGAAGUCCCCUUGUGUAGUAGUAUCAUUAUUAAGGUCGAAGUUUGGUCGUGGAGCAAUAAUCUUCUCAGAUGGAGGGAAGCUAAGUUGUCACCAGAUGAGAGAUCAUGUGAAACCAAUGAGUAAACUAUAGUUUUCAUCGUGUUAGGACCUAUAGGAAUUCUGAAGUGGCUGGUGUUGAUGUUUUCCAUGUUGCAGGUGCUUAAAGUGGUAAGUAUUUAGACUUUUUAUUUCAUUGAACUAUUUGGCAACGUGGAUGGUCCUUUUUAACACUGCUUGUUCGUACCAAGCACAUGCAGCAGCAAAUCGAGUUUUUUUUUUUAGGCUGUGCUAUUUAGAAAUUCUAGUGUUGAUUGCUUUUGAGUUGUUGUGACAAAUGCCUUUACUUGAAAACCCGCCUAUUUUUCUAGCUUAUCUACCAAAGCAACUGUUAAUUAUGAUCAUCUUAUAUCUUUGUUACGAAAGUGAGCUAGUAGUAUACUCUGCUGCUGUGUGCUUGAUUGCUAAUAUUGCAUGCAAACCAUUACCAUGUGUCGUUGUUUGAUUUACUUAUUCAUACCGCUACUUCAGAAUUCCUUUGUCAUGUAAGACAUCAUUAGAACUAUAGUCGUACUCGUUGGUUUCCAUAUCUCUGGUCUCUAUGUCAGUUGAAGGGAAGAGAGCCUCCUCAGACGCUGAAUCUUAUGUUCGUGGGGAAUUCAUCUUUAUUCGCUUUCUGAUGCUAUAGACAGUUUCUUAUGUGUCUGUAAUAGAUUAUAGAUAAAAACUUUUGUUAAUACUUUUGAAUCAAGCGCCAGAAAACUUUUAUUAAGGGAAUGUAAUGUUUAGUUUUGCUUCUGA